AUGGAUUCCCUAAACAGUGUGAUGCGUUUUCUUGUUAAUCAAAAGACUACCAUUGGCUAUGGAUUCAUGGCUUUACUGACGGUAGGUGGAGAGAGAAUCUUUUCAAUAGUUUCCUUUCAGUGUCCUUGCAACCUCGAUCAAAACUUUGCUUACGGGAUGGCAUUCCUGCUUUGUCCCUCCAUCGUCUUGCUGGCUCUGGGAUUCUUCACCAGCACACCUCUCUGGCGUCUCUACACGGGCUGCUGUCUGAAUCCACUCAAGUUGUGCCCCAGGGGUAACUGUAUUGGCUGUUGCUCUCAACUGAUGAGGGUGAUAUCCAGCGCCCUUGUAGCUCCUAUCAUGUGGCUGUGCGUUGCGCUUCUUAACGGCACGUUCUACGAGUGUGCGGUCAGUGGCCUGAACAACAACCUUAUAAUCGACCUGCUCUGUAAGAACAAAACGCAGGCGUGUCGACAGGAGCUGGCCCGGGUGCCCUGCGGGAAGUCACACUUGCCCAGGGAAGAGAACCAGGAACUAUUACUUAUGUUAAGGGCCCAGUCACAGAUACUUGGCUGGACCAUCAUUAUUUUCGCUGCUAUAGCAGGACUGAUUGGGAUAUGCUGCAAGAACUGUCGCUCUCAGGUGAGUUAUCUGCAACUCAUCUUCUGGAAAACCUACAUAAAGAAAGAGCGGGAGAAAUUCGAUACGUAUGCCGAGGAGUACGCUUCGAGGUUGGCCGACAGAAACCUAAAGAGCUUCUUCGAAAACCGUGACCCGGAACCAUUCCCGUUUCCAAACCACAAGGCUUGGGAGGAGAUCUCGGCUACUUAUACAUUCACUAGCAGCGAGCAGUACUACAGCACUUUGCAGAGGUUUGUUGAGCGUGAUGACAGGGACUACAGCCCUGAGAAGAGACUCAUUCUCAGCUCUGACGAGGUUGUCUGA